AUGGAGAUUCACAAAGGUACGGGCUUUUCCAUGCUCGCCUUCUUCUUAGCAUGCAAUGCUCUGGUCGCCGCUCGCAGCCAGCUUCUUCCUGUAGUCGAUCCAGUUGGCGGCAAUGGGCGGAGCCAAAUCCAGACGUACAUCGUUCAUGUUUAUCCGCCCGAGGACUUUGAGCUCCUUGGCGCCGAACAGCUUGAGAAUUGGCACAAAUCCUUCUUGCCCAACACCACUCUUGAUUCGGGUGGGCCGAGGCUGGUCUACUCGUACCACAGUGUGAUCAGUGGGUUUGCAGCGAGGCUCACCCCGGAUGAAGUGAAGGCCAUGGAGAGAAUGGAGGGGUUCGUGUCUGCACGACCAGAGCAGCACCUUCGUCUUGGCACGACCUAUACCCCAAAAUUCUUGGGGUUGGACCAAUAUAACAGCCUCUGGAUGAAGUCCAAUCUCGGCGAGGGGGUCAUCGUAGGGGUGCUGGACAGCGGCAUCGUCCCCACACAUCCUUCGUUCGACGCCGAGGGCAUGCCAGAACCCCCCUUGAAAUGGCGUGGCUGCUGCCAGUUCAACAAUGCCAGAUGCAACAAGUGGGUCCCGAAGCCUUGCAACAACAAGCUCAUAGGUGCCGCGGUCUUCGGGCCCAGCCACACGCCACACGAUGAGAUGGGGCACGGGACUCACGUCGCCGGCAUUGCGGCUGGAAGCUUCGUCCGUGGUGCUCAAGUACUCCGUCAGGCCCAGGGCACCGCAGCCGGCGUGGCCCCGAAAGCUCAUCUGGCGGUCUACAAGGUGUGCUACAUACCCGCCAACACAAAUGAUUACAGCUGCUGUGAACGCAAUUUAUUAGCCGCCAUCGAAAAGGCCAUCGAUGACGGAGUCGAUGUGCUUUCCAUGUCCAUCUUUAAGAAACAAAAAAUUCACAGCAGCGGCAUCGCCCAAGGCUCGUUCCGAGCGAUGGAGAAAGGAAUCAUCUCCGUCUGCUGCGCCGGAAAUCAAGGAGGGUCCGACCUUGGUAUUGUGGAUAAUGAUGCACCAUGGAUUCUGACCGUGGGGGCAAGCUCCAUCGACAGGGUAGCGAGGGCGACCGUGAGGCUCGGUAACGGGAUGGAAUUUGAUGGAGAAUCUGCCUACCAACCGGCGAACUUCAGCAGUUCCACGAUGAUGCCCAUCGCCUACCCCGGGGCUAUCGAUACAGAUGUCAAGAAAGCUUGCCAGGAUGGGGCGUUCGACGGCAUGAACAUUACAGGGAAGAUCGUGCUGUGCGG